CUAGCUGAUCUGAGCGCUCAGAGUCAGACUCAGAGUCACUGCUCAGCGCUCAAUCGCAUUCACAUGAGCGUUUGAAGGGUUUGAGCGCUGCUCUAAGUUUCACUGUCAGUGUCAGCCAGGGUCACAGAAGUUCAUCACUUGCUUUCAAGCCACGGGGACAAGGUUGUCCACAGAGAUGGAGCUCGUUUGAUGCCGCAGACUGCCAAAUUGAAGGGGUUGUUAUCAGCUUCCCGGGUUUUUUUGCAAUAGGUUGAGUGAAGAAAGUUGGCGGCGAUCUUGCGGCGAUGUGGCAAACAGGCACACAGUGCAGUAGCUCCUCUGGAGCAGCCUUACUCAGUGUUCUUUCGGUCUGAGUGGUUGUAUUCUUUAAUGUCUGAUCGGUGCCAGUCAGGAGUUGGAGAAAGCUGCUGACGUCGUUGUACGGUGCAUAGUGCUGUCUCUCUUCCCUUGUUCUAAAGAGCAGUCGGCAGUAUGACGGAGUACUGGGUGUCUCAGAAGCAGCACUUUUGCGAGUACUGCAAGACCUUCAUCGCUAACAAUGCGGCGAGCAAGGGCAUGCACGAGAAUGGCCUGCGGCACAAGGAGAAUGUUGCCAAGCGGCUGGCGGACAUGCGGAGGAGGAACGUGGUCGAGAAGCGCGAAAAGGAACAGGUGGACAGGGACCUGGAAAGAAUUGAGUGGAAGGCACGGCGGCAAUAUGAGAAGGAUCUGGCCCAGCAGAGCGCUGCUGAGCCGGCAUCCGUCUCAGCAGGGCCAGCAGAACCAGAAGCUGCGGCUGCUUCCAAUGAGGUGUCCGGAGAAGGGUGGAUUCUGGACGAGAAGACCGGUUACUACUUUGACGCGAAAACAAAGUACACUUACGAUCCGAAUUCGGGGCUGUAUUACACCGAGUUGACAGGACGCUGGACCACGCAAGAGGAAGCGGCCCAGGCGUCAUCACAAGCUGGAGAGGGGGCAGAGCCGGUGCCGUCUAGUUCAAGUGUGGAGCCAGCCAAUGGCUUGAAGGGACAAACAAAUGCAAUCAUGCCUGGCAAGCUUGAAGGGACGGGCAAUGGAAAGGCGGUGGUGGGAGGGGGAGCGGGGGUAGCGAAAAAAAGCAGUACAGGAAAAAGCGUCACCGGGCUUCAAAAGUCAGCAGGAGCAACUGCGAAGGCAAAAGAGGUAGGGUCCUCCCUCGCAGCAAAAAGGAAACGAGAGAGUGAUACUCCGAAGGUUGUCACUGCAGAAGAAGCAGCUGCAUUAGCCGCCAGAGAAGCAGCUAAGAAAAGGCUAGAAGAACGGACGAAGAAAAAUUACGGGUUUACAUUCAAUUGAGUUUUGUCUCAAAGCAACAUCGCUCCAUGGCAAUCGUGUGC